GUCGUGUUUGUGUUGAAGCCAACAGGCACAAUAUAUUACAGUCUAGGGCUUGCUGCUGAAAAGCCCGCUGGAUCCUCCACUGACCUGCUGUUCUCUCCUGCUCUCCUCUCGCGUUUUUUCGUCUUCAUUUAGAUUAAAAACAAAGCUCUCACUCACUCUCUCUCUCCUCCCUUCUCCCCUCCCUCCUUCCUCCUUCUUCUUCUUUCCCUCCUCUUUGCUCUCCUUCCUUUCUGCGGCAGAGAGCGGGUGAAGAGGAGGAGGAGGAGGAAGAAGAAGCACAGAAGACGACUAUUUGGACUGGGGGCCGAGUGUGUGUUUGGACGUCUCCCCGUUGGACGGCCGGGUGAAGGGGCGCUGGGAGAGGAAGAGGAGGAAGAGGGAAGCCUUCUCGGUGUCAUGUCACUACGUUUGGACCUUGACUGAUCACAAGGGGAGAAAAACGGAUCACAAGGUUGGGGGGAAAGGGGGGGGGAGGCACAGAGAGGUGGAGAAACUGAGACUUUUGGUUUCACUGGGACUACGACGACGAAGAGGAGGAGGAGGAGGUUAAAGUCUGGCGCUCGCUUUUUAUCAUGACAUUGUUGGAUAAACAAACCGCCGGAUUAAGUUGUGUGUGAGCGGGAAUAUUUGCCUUCGAAAGAGAACAGAUCAAGGGAGAAGAGACGGAAAGGCUACUGUGUUGCAGAGAGAGUGUGUGUGUGUGUGUGUGUGUGUGUGUGUGUGUGACCGGUGGAGGGCAGAGGAGCGGAGGGCCAGGCGACUAACCUGGCCAUCAAACGGACCGGCAGCGUCUCCUCUCCUGGGAUCAUGUACCCUCAGGGCAGGCAUCCGGUUCCUUUACAACCGGGGCAGUCCUUCAAGUUCACAGUCCUUGAAACUCUGGACCGCAUCAAGGAAGAAUUCCAGUUUCUCCAGGCUCAGUAUCACAGCCUGAAGCUGGAGUGCGAGAAGCUGGCCAGCGAGAAGACGGAGAUGCAGAGGCACUACAUCAUGUACUACGAGAUGUCGUACGGCCUCAACAUCGAAAUGCACAAACAGGCGGAGAUUGUCAAGCGUCUCAGUGCCAUCUGCGCUCAGAUCAUCCCUUUCCUCUCUCAAGAGCACCAGCAGCAGGUGGUCCAGGCCGUGGAGAGGGCCAAGCAGGUCACCAUGGCGGAGCUCAACGCCAUUAUCGGGCAGCAGCAGCUCCAGCACCUGUCUCACCACGCCCCCGGCAUCCCCCUGACGCCUCACCCGUCGGGCCUGUCCCUGGGGGCGGGGGGCUCGGGGCUCCUGGCGCUGACCGGGGCCCUGGGGGUCUCGGCCCACCUGGCCUCCAAAGACGAGCGCAACCACCUCGACCCCGAACACCUCAGAGAGGGAGCACCCAGCCGGAGUAAGUCCGUGUCGUCGACGGACAGUCAGCCCGCUGAGGAGCGCCAGGGCCCGUCGGGAGGCUACUCCUCCUCGCAGGGAGGAGCGGAGGCCAAGAGGAGGCGCUGUGACGACAAAGAGCCCCUGCCGCCACACUCCUACGACAGUGAUGGGGACAAAAGUGAAGACAACCUUGUAGUCGACGUCUCCAAUGAAGAGCCUAACUCUCCCGCGGGCAGCCCCCCUCACUCCCCCCACGGGAACGGGCUGGACCGGGCUCCCGCCCUGAGGAAAGAGCUCCCUGGCUCCUCCAGCACCGGAGAAGCCCCCUCCACCCCGAAUCCCCGCAGCCCCACCCCGGGGAAGGGCAAGGACCCUGCCCAGAUGGAUAAGUCCCAGUCUCCGUUGUCCAAGUCUGGAACCCCAUCCCCGUCCCACCGGGAGGCCCUUACUCCCGGAGCCCCAGGAGCCCCUGGUCCCAGCACCUCCUGCCUCCGUCUGGUCAGCAAAGCGGCGUCCAGCGCAGACCCCCUCGCUCUCCGCAGCCCCAUGUCUGUGCCCCCCGGUUCGUAUCCGGCUCAUUUUGGCGUGGUGUCCCACGCAGGACUGAACGGGGAGCUGGUGAGCCCGGGGGGUUUCGCCGGGGCCCUGACCCUCUCUCCGCAAAUCAGCGCAGCAGCCAACGCCUACUCCCGAAGCCCCAUGGUGGCCUAUGACUCUCGGUCUCACCUGAGGGCGCCGGGGCUGUCCUCUUCUCUGCCGGGCUCCUCUGCCGGCAAGCCCGCCUACUCGUUCCACGUGAGCGCCGACGGGCAGAUGCAGCCGGUGCCCUUCCCCCCCGACGCCCUGCUGGGCCCGGGCAUCCCUCGCCACGCCCGCCAGAUCCACACCCUGAGCCACGGGGAGGUGGUCUGCGCCGUCACCAUCAGCACUUCCACGCGCCACGUCUACACCGGGGGCAAAGGCUGCGUCAAGGUGUGGGACAUCAGCCAGCCGGGAAGCAAGAGCCCCAUGGCCCAGCUGGACUGUUUGAACCGGGACAACUACAUUCGAUCCUGUAAAAUCCUCCCCGACGGACGGACCUUGAUCGUCGGAGGGGAGGCCAGCACGCUGUCCAUCUGGGAUUUGGCCACGCCCACUCCUCGCAUCAAGGCGGAGCUGACGUCGUCCGCUCCCGCCUGCUACGCUCUGGCCAUCUCCCCUGACAACAAGGUGUGCUUCUCCUGCUGCAGCGACGGCAACAUCGUCGUCUGGGACCUUCACAACCAGACGCUGGUCAGGCAGUUCCAGGGCCACACGGACGGAGCGAGCUGCAUCGACAUCUCCAACGACGGCACCAAGCUGUGGACGGGGGGGCUGGACAACACGGUGCGCUGCUGGGACCUCCGGGAGGGACGGCAGCUGCAGCAGCACGACUUCACCUCGCAGAUCUUCUCUCUGGGCUACUGUCCGACAGGCGAGUGGCUGGCUGUGGGAAUGGAGAGCAGCAACGUGGAAGUCCUGCACGUCUCCAAGCCCGACAAGUACCAGCUGCACCUCCACGAGAGCUGCGUUCUCUCCCUCAAGUUCGCCUACUGCGGCAAGUGGUUUGUGAGCACGGGAAAAGACAAUCUGUUGAAUGCGUGGCGGACUCCGUAUGGAGCGAGUAUUUUCCAGUCCAAGGAGUCCUCGUCCGUGCUGAGCUGCGACGUCUCCCCGGACGACAAGUACAUCGUGACGGGCUCUGGGGACAAGAAGGCCACGGUGUACGAGGUGGUGUACUGAGGGACGAGAUGGGAAGCGACAGGGCGGAGAUUUGGGGGGGUGGGUGAGAGGAGGAGGAGGGGCAGGGCAGGGGAGGGGGGGGGCGGUUGAGUUGCCGAGCCGACCGCCGCUGAUCCUCAUAACAUCCGCAACUCCGUCUGAGUCAUCCUGACCCUCAGCCCUAAUGCAUCACCACCUCUCCCCCUCUCUCUUGAUAUGUACGCUAUUGUGGGAGCUCCCAAAUGCCUCCUCCUUCCUCCUCCCCUCCACUUUGAGCCCAAGGAUGGGGCAUGAUAGCAGAGAGAGAGAGAGAGAGCGAGAGAGGAAGAAAGGGAAAUAGCAAGAUAAGAAGGACAAAGGAAAAGGGCGUUCGGAGGGAAAGACGAGAAGGAGAGAAAGUGAGGGUGCGGAAGGAAGGGAAAUGAAAGGGAGGGAGGGAGGGAGGGUAAUUAGGGCUGUUUCCUGAUUAAGAGCUCAGUGGAAGGGAGGCCCCCAGAGGAGGUGCGGAGCGGCACUGUGGGAGCGCCAGCCCGGAGCAUUGAUACCACACAAUCGAUUCAUUAGCCAGACAGUGGAGGCCUUAAUGAGGCUGACGCUGCAGCGCGCUCCCUCCCCAGCGAGAGGUGUCAGGAGCCGAGGAACGACGACGCGCCGGGGGUGGAGAGGGGGGAUGGGGGGGGGGGGG